AUGAAAUUGAAGAAUUUGCUUGCCAGAGAAACACCCAACAUCCCCCUAACUAUAAACAACCUUUUAUUGGUGUUUAAAGAGUUUCUUUCAGUGUGGUUGAAUCAAAUACUUUACUAUAACAAAGUUUACGAUCCAUUAGUGUUUGAUGAAUAUAAAGCAUUUGAUGUCAUUGUAUGGAUGAAUAGACAUCCACAUCUAGAAAAGUACAUCGAUGACUUGUUCUUAAACAUCAUCAACAGCCUAAUUAUUAAUAAGAAACAAUCAAAUGGGCUAGAUAAAAUUACAUGCUUAGUAUACAAUACACGGGACGACACGGUAGUGAGAAGCUACUCAAUCAAGUUUCAUCAAUUCAUCUUGACCUUGAGCGAGACAAUUGCUGAAUUAAAGAUCAAUGAUGACCAUGAUACAUCUUCGAUUUUGAGUUUGCCAAAUACAACAUGGACUGAAAUAUAUACUCAAUUUCAAACAACACUAUUUCAACAUAUACAACACUUGCGUAAAAUCACAAUCUCAGAAAGCCAAGGGGAACAAAUUUUUUUUAAAAUUACUGUGGGUUUGCUUGAGGAGAUUUAUGCUGGUUCCAACUGGGUGAGACUAAAUGAGAGCAAACAACAUAAUCGCGUGGAGAAUAUACAGGUGUUAAGUGAAGCAGAUCUAGGGGUUUUAAACUUUACUAUUGAAAGCACUGACAAUAGUGCCUAA